AUGGCGGACUGUGUCGGCUUCCAGGCGCAGAUCGCCUCCAUAAUAGAGAUCCUGGCCAACUCAGCAGUGGUGGAGAUCUGCAAACUGGUGGACGAUGGCUACGCGGCGCUGCGCUCACAGAUGUACCAGGAGCGCGAGAGGAGCGAGAAGGAGAACGACGCGCUGCGGCGGAAACUGCAGGAGAUAGACGUGAAGAUGAGGAGCUAUGAGAGGAAGAUGAGGAGACGGAGUCAGAGGGAGGAGAUGCACGCCGUUCAUUUUAGGCCACCCGAAGGAGCUGAGGACCAUCCUCCUGUGGUGCCGCCUCUUCCUGCGUCCUCUGAAGACAAACCCUUCCAUCACAUUUCAAAGCAGGAGGAGACCAAGGUGUUGCCCCUGGUGAAGCAGGAGGAAGUGGAAGGAGACGACUGCAACCUGGACCUCAAGGUGGAGGUCAACAUCAGGGCGGAGGCCAUGGAGCCCAGUGAGGACCCCGACCCGAGUGAAACUGUUCUUGACACCAACGUCCCCUGCUCUACCUCACAGCCCUCUUCCCCCCCCACUGAGGCCACAAUGAACCUGACCUACAGGCCCCGAGCUAAACUGGGGGGGGUCACAGUCCCUGAAGCCGCUUGCAGUGACUCAGGAGGAAGCCUAACCGAUGGAGCUCUGAAGCCGAAGGUCCAGACCGAUGAGGCUGCAGAGGAGGAGCUCCAGGCCCCUGGAGCCUCGGAGGAGCCCAGCCCUGAGCGCCUCAACAGCCUGGGCCUGGACCUGGCCUGGAUGCAGGAGAGGGUCAGCCAUCUUGGUGCAGCGUAUGCAGUUGCACAGCUGGGUUUGGGGAACACGGACACCGGCCACCCCUCUGCCUCCUUCCCCUCUCAGGGAGGGGCAGACAGUCUGGAUGGCCCUCCCACCAUGCUCUUCACCAGUGGUACUCAUGAAAUGGCUGCUUUUGCUGCCUCUUUCGACAUGGCAGCAGCAGCUGCCGCUGUUGUGACUGCACCACCUCCUCCACCCCCUCCCCCUACAGCACCCUCUGCCCCCUCCACCAGCCCGAGGCGGCCAUACAGGAGCGGUGUAGCUGCUGCUGCUAAAGAGCCUGUGGUGUGUGCUGUGUGCGGGCGCCUCUUCCCCAGCACAACGGCCCUGGAGCAGCACCAGCGGGUGCACACUGGAGAGAGGCCCUACACCUGCCCCCACUGUGGGAAGGGCUUUGCACAGCCAAACAACCUGCGGGUCCACCUCCUCAUCCACACCGGGGAGAGGCGUUAUCGCUGUACGCUGUGCGGGAAGAGUUUCAUCUCCUCCAGCCACCUGAAGAGGCACCGCACCGUGCACACGCAGGAGAAACCCUACUGCUGCUCGCGCUGCGGACAGUCCUUCAGCCAGAUGUGUAGCGUCCGCAGACACCGGCAGCAGUCGCAGUGCGGCCUGUAGACAGACCACCGGAGGGGGGGGCUGGCAUCUGGAACUGAUCCUCAGACAGUUUGUGCUCUGAGUUUGUGUUCACAUGGGAAAUGUAGCAUCUUAUGUAAGCACAAACAAAGAAGCAAGCUGUAUCAUGUGAUACCAUGGCACGUACAGUUGAUAUUUGUCCUAGAUCAUAGCAGUGAAUUAUGUUCUAAAGGCGGAGGGAAGGAUUACCCUCGAAGCGAUCUCCACCUUUUUCUUACUCUUACUGUGUUUCAAACUGAGAGAGGUCACUGAGUAGACUGUGAAAGAGUGCCUGAUACAAUGUUGUUAACACUUUAUCUAUCAAUUUGUCAUUAAGUUUAGUUUUUGUCUACAAAGCUUACACACAUAAACUAACCCAGGAGGAUGAUGAACAUACACAGCAGGCUUUCACACUUUGAGCACCUGACAACUCUAUAGAACUAAUGAGGAUGACUUUUUCAAUUGUCUGAGAUACAUUCAAAACUUAUUAGGUGUUAGAAAAAAACAUCUAUUAUUGCCUUAUUUUACUGUGAUUCUAAAUGUUAAAAAUUCAAUAUGAAUUGUUUGGAAGACUGCUGUUUUUACUUAAAGGGGACCUAUCAUGCAAAAUGCACUUUUGUACGUCUUUUAUACAUGAAUAUGUGU